UGAGGAGGAAAAAUGAAAUCCUUUGAAAAGACCACCAGUGUGCAAGCCUCUUAAAACUCACGAGGACAAUUUGGGAAAAUCUUCAAACUCAAGCUACUUGCUGCUUUGGAAUCUGGAAAACAACACAAAAGUCCAUCAACCCGUCCAUGUUGCAAGAUGAGAGCAGAGGAGCUGAUGCCUUGUGUUCUUAUCACUCUGCUGGGGCUGACCCUGAUGGAGUCAACUCAUGGACAGCACAUGUCAGACGAACCCUGCUCCGUCCAGAUCCUCGUCCCAGGACUCAAAGGAGAGCCAGGAGAAAAGGGAGAGAAAGGGGCACCUGGGAGACCAGGAAGAUUGGGUCCACUAGGGGAGAUGGGACAUACUGGAGUUAAAGGACAUAAGGGUAUUAUAGGACGUUAUGGGAAAAUGGGCCCCUGUGGAAUCAAAGGUUUAAAAGGAGAUAUGGGGGAUCCUGGGCCAAUGGGCCUGACUGGAGAUCCAGGUGUUCCAUGUGAAUGCACACCCCUGAGGAAGAUGAUUGGUGAGAUGGACAUCCUAGUGGCCCAGUUAUCCAAUGAGAUGAAGUUCAUCAAAACUGCACUGCCCUCCCCUGCAGCUGUCGCCGGCAUCAAAGAGACCGACAGUAAGGUCUAUCUACUGGUCAAGGAGGAGAAACGCUACACCGAUGCAGAGGUCUAUUGUCAGGGAAGGGGUGGACACUUGGCCAUGCCCAAGGACGAGGGGGCCAACACAGCCAUUGCUGGGUACAUCACUGAGGCGGGCCUGAGCCGGGUGUACAUUGGCAUCAACGACAUAGACCGUGAGGGCCAUUUCACCUACGUGGAUCGCUCCCCCAUGAGCACCUUCAGCAAGUGGAGGGAAGGAGAACCCAACAAUGCCUACAAGGACGAGGACUGUGCUGAGAUGAUGGCGGCGGGGGACUGGACAGAUGUGGCCUGCCAUCCCACCAUGUACUUUGUGUGUGAGUUUGACAAGGACAUUAUCUGAGGGGAAUUUUGAGAAUGGUAGUGAGUUGGAAGGGCAAAGGCCUCAUUGGAGCUGCAUGACAGAGAGGCUAUAAUUAUAGAGAAGCCUUUUAUAGUUAUACAGAUGUUCAGUAUGAAACAUUAUUUUGACACAGCUGCAUUUGUUUAAUCACCCACCAGUGCUAAAUAUCAUUUUUGAGUUUAGAAUAUUGUGUAUGGAAUACUGUGUAUAUAGUUGUGUAAAAACAAGGUUUCUUCUCAGUUUUUCCAGAAUUCUGCUUUUUUGACUUGAAAGUUUGAAUUGAAUGGAUGCUGUUUUUAUAAACCUUUGCAUUGAAUGGCUACAGCAACGUUUAAUAUGGACCAUGCAAACUCAACAAAGUAGUGAGUAACUGUAGAUGCAAAAUGUAUUUACUAUUACCCAACACAUGUUGGAAAAUACACAAACAUGUCUUGUAGUAUGUUCAUAUUGUUGGUCUGUUAUCUUUUUAUAAAAGCAAUUUCUUGGAAAGUGCACUUACAGGAACAAUAGACAAGCUAGCUAUGUAGGUUGACAGAGUAGUUGGGGAUGGGCUUGAAAGUGUUUGUGAGGUCUGUCAGAUGUCUUGCCGUGUGCCUUGACUUCAAUGAUGGUGCAGAGUUCAUGUAGCUGACAUUAUCCAGAUAAUUAAUGGUUUCUGGUAUGUUAUGGGAUAUUCAUCAGCAAAAAACAGAAAGAAAUAAUGUCUGUUUCACCAAUAGGCUUUCAACGACUGAAUGCAGUAUCUAUUCUAAAAUAUGGAAAUGUAUGUCCUUUUAACAGAACAGUGUCCUCAGGGAUGCAGAUGGUGAAAUAUGUGAUUUGUUAUUGCUCAUUUGCCUGUAAUGUACAACAAACACUGAUACUAAUAGUAGUUCAUUUAUUUUUCUAUUUACAAGUAAACGUUAUGUAACUGUCCUACUGGUGUAUUUUGUAGGUUACCUCCACCUAGUGGCUAUUAGUGAAACACUCCUACCACUGUUCACUGUUGAUCUCCUCACAUAGAGCCAUCGGGAAUGUUACCAAAUUAAAAUGGAAAGAUAGACACAAACCAGAUGUGGCUAUUUCUAGGAAAACAAAAUAUACUGACACCACAUUCAAUUUCAACCGGCAUACCUUGUAUGUGAACCUAUUAACUUAUAUAGACUAACAGGUUUAUGAUGCUUGCAGAUCUACAAUUUAAUUUUAAAAAUCCAGUCCUUAUAAUUACCUUUUCCUCUCAUACCAAUGUUUAUAAAAUAUGUAACAUGUUACUCUAUAGGCAUACCUCUUAUUUUAUUUAACUAGGCAGGUCAGUUAAGAACAAAUUCGUAUUUACAAUUACGGCCAAACCCUAACCCAGAUGACGCUCGGUCAAUUGUGCGCUGCCCUAUGGGUCUCCCAAUCAUGGCUGGCUGUGAUACAGCCUAGAAUUAAACCAGGGUCUGUAGUGAAGCCUCUAGCACAGUGCCUUGGACCGCUGCGGCACUCGUGAGCCCCAAGUUCGACCAGAUACAGAAGCAAAAGGUCUGUCUGCACAUGAUGUAAUCUGGUGAAAACAUUUGAAAAGAUGUCAUGACCUAAAGGAGCAAUUCAAAGACAGGUAAGAAACAAAAAUGACAUGUGAUCAGAAAAUUGUAGCAGUAAUCGUUUGCAAUGAGGACCAGAUUCAAAUUCUAUUAUACUGUAGUUCCAUCUAACAACAGAUCACCUUAAUGUGAUUAUGCGUGAGCAGCAUUGGUAAUCUCCUUCUGUCAGGAGCUGACAGUCUUAAUAGGGGAAUAUUCAUGUUGGAAUGGUGCCCCUGACUGGAACUCCAAAUAUGGGCAUAGCUGUCUCAUCUAAAAUUGUAUGUUGGAAUGGUGUCUUCGCAAGAACUCCAUGUAUGGGCCUAACAGGAACUCAUUUUGUGGGCGUAGUAAAUUGUUUGCUAAAUGAUUACACCUGAGCUCUAUCUGAAUCGAGAGUUUUUAGGCUAGCACAGUUUGGUUUUCAUCAGGUCGUCAAUUGAUUAUGGAUGCUUUGAUUGCUGGUUGCUUUUAAGACUGUGCCUGUUGAUACUUUACAAGUGUAACUCUCUCAGAGGGCUUUUGGCUGAGGAAUUGGAAACAAGGUAGCAGAGUAGGAUCUCGGAUCUAAUAACCAAGCCAUCUGUGGCAUUGGGGAAUGUUUCUCCAUGGUUCUUUCCAAGGUCUUAUGAGAAUUUGAAUUUGAUUGUGGAAUAGGAGUGGUGUGAUGUUGGUAAUGUAAGUACACAAGUAGAUCAGUUUGUUGGUAAUAAUUUGUAUUCCUUUUUGACAGUAACAGGUUUAGGAGUUCUGCCAAUCCAGCACCUGUUAAUUGUUGAGUUCUAGCCUGAUAAAAAUAAAGGUGUGGUCAUACCUGUG